UGUCAAAAUUUUUGCACACCGAUAAUUGUUUUACAUGCUGCAACAAGCCAUGAAGGUUGUACCUCUUUCUCGUAACGAGUACAUCUGAUAAGAAUGCAACCGGAAAUAUGUCUACUGUCACGAAUUAUCAUGCUGCUUUCUAACUAUAAUUUUAACGACGAGUCGAAAAUCUUUGUACUACGAUACUUUUUCAUUCAGAACUAUUCAAUCAAUCACGAUGGAUAAUGUCGCUGCUCCAGAAUGCUUAACACUUGAUUUUGGGCCCUUUGAGACUGUUCAUCGAUGGCAGCGAAUGCCAGAGUGUGAUGAAUUUGUUGGGGCUAGGCGCAGUAAACAUACUGUAGUUGCUUAUAAAGAUGCAAUAUAUGUGUUUGGUGGUGAUAAUGGCAAGCGUAUGUUAAAUGAUCUACUACGUUUUGAUGUUAAAGAAAAAUCAUGGGGUAGAGCAUUUGCAACAGGAACUCCACCUGCAUCUAGAUAUCAUCAUUCUGCUGUUGUGCAUGGCUCAUCUAUGUUUGUUUUUGGUGGAUACACUGGAGACAUACAUUCUAAUUCUAAUCUUACUAAUAAAAAUGACUUAUUUGAGUACAAAUUCCAAACUGGUCAAUGGACUGAGUGGAAAUUUUUUGGAAAGACACCAGUUGCUAGAUCUGCUCAUGGAGCAGCUGUGUAUGACAACAAAUUAUGGAUAUUUGCUGGGUACGAUGGUAAUGCUCGACUGAAUGAUAUGUGGACUAUCUCAUUAAAUUCUACUGAUGCUAAAGUUUGGGAAAAAGUUACACAAUCUGGUGAUUGUCCACCUACUUGCUGUAACUUUCCAGUAGCUGUGGCAAGGGAAUCUAUGUUUGUAUUUAGUGGACAAAGUGGUGCUAAAAUUACCAAUAGCCUCUUCCAAUUUCAUUUUAAAGAAAAAAGGUGGUCGCGCAUUUCUACUGAACAUAUUUUACGAGGUGCUCCUCCUCCGCCAGCACGUCGUUAUGGUCACACAAUGGUCAGUUUUGAUAGGCAUCUUUACGUUUUUGGAGGUACUGCAGACUCUACACUACCUAAUGAUCUUCAUUGUUAUGAUCUUGAUACACAAACUUGGCAAAUUGUCACUCCAUCUACCGAAAGUGAAAUCCCGUCAGGACGUCUUUUUCAUGCAGGUGCAGUCUUAUACGAGGCAAUGUUCAUCUUUGGCGGUACAGUUGAUAAUAACGUUCGAUCCGGUGAAAUGUAUCGCUUUCAAUUUUCGUCGUAUCCUAAGUGCACUCUCCAUGAUGAUUUCGGUCGAAUUUUAAAUUCGCGUUUAUUUUGUGAUGUUGAGUUUAUUGUCGGGGACAAUCAGACAAAGAUUCCAGCGCAUAUUGCCAUGGUUUCCGCUCGUUCUAAGUUUCUCAGACAAAGAAUCAGAGAAGCAAAGCAUAAACAAAGGGAACAUUUGGAGAAAAAAUUCGGAAACGACAAGGUUCCCACCAAAGAUUUGCCUAUGUUGCAAGUUAAAUUAAUAGAUGCUUUACCGGAGGCAUUUGAUAUGGUAUUAAACUAUAUCUACACCGACCGUAUCGAUCCGACGAAGAAGUCCAAAAAUGAAGAUAUUUUGAGCAACAGAAUAGUUUUGUUAAUGAUGGAUGUGUAUCGUUUAGCUGUACAAUUCAACAUGAAACGUUUGGAGCAGCUUUGUGUUCAUUAUCUUGAGGCUACAAUAAAUCAUGCUAACGUUCUUGAAGCACUACAUAAUGCCGCUCAGCUGAGAUUACAUUUUAUCAAAGAGUUAUAUCUUGGCUUUAUAGUUAAGGAUAGUAACUAUAACCAAAUUGUCAUGAGUCAAGAAUUCGAGUCAUUAGAUCAACCGCUAAUGGUUGAAAUUAUUAGAAGGAAGCAGUCGCCGCAGACAAAAAAUAAUGUGAAACUUUAUGAUUUUGGAUCUGACACAGGAACGACGCUUGAACAAGAUAUGCAAGCUUUUCUUAAGGGCAUUGGACAAGAAUUUUGUGAUAUCACUUUACUUCUUGAUGGAGUACCGAUUCCAGCACACAAAGCUGUAUUGGCUGCUCGUUGUAGUUAUUUCGAAGGACUAUUCCGCUCGUUUAUGCCAGAAAAUAAUACAGUAAACAUACAAAUAGGAGAAAUGGUUCCAUCUUCAGAAUCAUUCGGCUCGCUUUUACGAUACAUUUACUAUGCUGACGUUUGCAUGCCUCCUGAAGACUCCCUUUAUCUCUUUACAGUCCCCGUUUUCUAUGGUUUUACGAACAAUCGUCUGCAGGCUUUUUGCAAGCAGAAUUUAGAGAUGAAUGUCACGUUUGAAAAUGUUAUACAAAUAUUAGAAGCCGCCGAUAGAAUGCAAGCUGUAGACAUCAAGAAAUACGCUUUAAAUUUGAUAGUUCAUCAUCUAAACAAGAUUCAAACGGCGAAGCACGAACUUGCCAGGAUAUGUCUAGUGAAUGCUGACGUAUCUCGUUCACGAGUCAACCUCGUCCUCGCGAAUGGAAAGUGUUUACUCCUCCAGCCUUCCAGCUUGCACGAAACACGAACUUUAGAUACGUCUACGUUCCAAACUCCGUCGCCCUAUGCUUACUACAUUCUCUCAAUUGCCGCUGCAUUGUGUAACUUUUUAGGAAAAUAAUAUACGAUACUCGUGUGCAUAUAGGUAUCUCCCACACGAGCACAGCGAGUGCCGAAAUCUACUUUGUGCAUUUAUAUCGUAAUGCCGAACGAUUUUGUUCGUGGAUGAUUACUACUUGGACCACGCGGCACCAUUAUCAAACUGCUUUGUGUCUGCCCAGGAGGAAACUUUACGGAUGCCACAUAGUUCUAUCCUCAAUGAUGCCAAACGUCAACUUCUAAGAGAUAAGCGAUCACUCAGCGCACAGAGGUGCUCCGAAAGACAGUCAACACUACGUCGCACAUUUUAUGCCUUGCCUGAUUUGGGUAUUAAAAAGUUGUUUUUAUGAGUAGAUUUUUAUUUCUAUAGACUAUUUUAUAGUUAAUUCUUGCUCCAUGACCUGAUGCAAACAAUAUUUUUUAAUUACUAAAUACAUGAACAGUAUAUUUUUAAAUUAUUCAUAUAAGUUUCUGUUAAUUAACGUAUUUUCAUAUGAUUUGAAUUUUGCUUAAUCGCUCUGUGAAUAUUUUAAUUUUUUUACAUGUUUGAAAAUAUGAUUGAGAAGAGCUUUAUGUAAAACUACGAUUGAGCCCAAAGUUUUUAAUUAUUUUCACUUCCAUUCUUAAAAAACCAUUUUUAAUUUUAAUUAAACCAGUCAACAAACACCAGAAUAUAGAUUGAAUAAGAUUAAUAUUAAGAAAUUUUUUUAUACCGUAAGAAAUUUGAAAAACAUUCAAAAUAGAAUAAGAUAUUUACUAACGAAUCUAAUCGGCCAUCAGUUAUUCUUCAGUAUCAAAUAAUUUAUUUUAUAACGUUGAACUUUUGUAGGAAGUUCUAUAAUAGACAUUUAUAUAAAAAAGAAAAAUAUACAAAUAUUGUCAUUGACGUUCACAUUUGUUUAUUUGUUGCGUGAUAUUUAUGUUAAAAAUAUCGUUCUUAUUAUUAAAUAAGGGAACUGUUGAUUAACCAAUCGCAAAUAAUAAAUAUAUUACUUAUUUUAAAUUAUCAUAGUUGGAAAAUAAGACUCAAUGAAAUAAUAUUGACAAUUCAUUUACAUAUCAAAUUUUUUUCUUCGAUAAACAUUUUAGACAAAUAUUCAAAGUUUAUUUUUUUUAUUUUUAGAAAUGAAUAAUAAUUAGUAUUGAAACUUGUAGGAAUUCAGAUAUAAUUAGAAUCUGGCUGUGAUGCUUUUGCUGAUAAGCUUUAAAUACUUGUAAUCUUAUCGUAGUAAUUUGUAAUUAAUUGAAUGAGCUAAUUGUGUCACAUGCAAUACAUUGAAAUUAUAUAAACACAAGUUCGAUAGAGUACGAACUAUACCUAUAGACUUGGAAUAUCGUCGUUACUAGAUGUGAUAUAAAUUAUUUAUAAAAUGUUGGUAUUAUAAUAAAAUGGAAAAUAAAAGAACUUAAUUAUUGGAAAUAAUGGAAAUUCGCUAUAAAACGUAUUUAUUUGAUCUUACAAAGCAGAUGGACAAAAUUUGUCUGAAUUAAGUACAGUUAUGUAAAUUAUAAAAUUGCAGUAUACCUGUUUAUGCAAAGAAGAAAAUCUAAAAUAAAAAUAUAUAUUGAC